CUUGAUCUGGUUUCCUCCCGGCUCUGCUCCGCCGUAAAUCGUUGUCAGCAGCUCUUCGCUUUACCCCUUACUUCAUCUACUCUCAACCAGAUGCGUACCAGUCCUAUAUCACCACUACAGCAGGCUUCAGCAUCUGUUGGUGAUGGGGUCCUGCUGAAGCGCCUCUUAAGUAAUCCAGCCACGUCUGCUGACUCCGUUACUGAGUUACUCGAUGAGCUGGAACCGGUCAUUCGAGCGGUCUGCGGACUGGCUGCAUGGCUCGCAGAUAGCCAGGAUGUAGGCAACUACGUCAGCCUGUGUCUCGUUGCUAGCGUUCUAUUAUAA